AUGGUUGUCAUUGUCUUUGCCAAUGUCUCUCUGUAUGGAUCUGCCAAUUAGGUUGAAGGUCACAGGGAGUUGCAAGCUGAACAGCCAAUGGCAAUAGUUCACUGUCACAAGGAGAAAGUUAACUGGGACGAAGUUGUCUGAAUCUUCCCUACCCCUUUUUAAAAGAGGCAUGGGAGGGACAAAGGAGACACAACACAUUGCUUCUGAGUAGAAUUGGUUGUGACGGUCUGACAUACAGAGGUUGACAGAAGAAGAGCUACAUCAUAAAUACAAGGGAGUGACAGACGUGAUGGACACCAAGGCAGUGUUUGCGGCCCUGUACAGCGUGUGCGAAGAGAAUGCCACCUUCUUCUCGGGAGGAGCCAAGGGGGGCCAGAGUGAUGCGGCACGCCGGCUGGUGGAUACCAUGAAGCUGAUCAAGGAGCAUGCUCGCAGCCUGGAGCCUGUUAUCUCCGGGUUCGCUGCAGUUUACCAUCAUUAUGACUUUGACCCACACAUACCUGCCAAUGGCUAUCGCUCACUGGUCAAGGUAGUGCGCUGCUGCCUCCUCCACAUCAUCCAAAAGGGGCACUACAUCACUGCCAACCGCCGCAGCAUCUUUUUUCGAGUAGCACACAAUGCAGGGGAGAUGGAGGCCUACUGCAACGCUCUGUGCCAGCUACGCGCCCUGCUCUACCUGGCUCAACGCAUGCUACAUGACAACAGCCAUGGCAACCUUUUUUUCCAGGAUGAAAGUGGCCUCAGUGAGAGCUUUGUCCGUGAAUACUCAUCCAUGCACAAGGGGUGCUUCUAUGGCCGUUGCCUUGGUUUUCAGUUCAGUCCAGGCAUUCGGCCCUGUCUCCAGACCAUUGCUAUUGGCCUUGUGGCCUUUGGAGAAAACUACAAGCGCCAUCAGUCAGGAAUAGUGGAGGCAGGAGGUGUGGCACAAUAUGGUGUAGCAGCCAGCUCUUUCUUUACCUCAGGGAAGUAUGCCAUUGACCCAGAGUUGAGAGGGGCAGAAUUUGAACGUAUUACCCAGAACCUAGACGUCCAUUUCUGGAAGUCUUUCUGGAACAUCACUGAGACUGAAGUCCUGUCGAGUCUUGCCAGUAUGACAUCCACUCAAGUUAAGGUGAACCGGACUCUCUCUGUGCCUGCCGUGCCCUUUGACCUUCCUCUGGCGGCCAACCACAGAGCAUCUGUAACUAUAGCUCCACCAUCAGCUCACAUUGGCACUGCUCCGGUUCAGAUGAGGCUCAUUUCCUAUGACUUACGUGAAGGACAGGACAGCGAAGCUCUGCUGUCUCUUUCCCGCGCUGAGGGGGGCGCCAUCUCUUUGUCGCUGGGGCUGAAGACCAAGCGCCUCCCCUCAUCUCCCUGUCUCCUAAUCCACUUCCAUGGGGGAGGAUUUGUGGCCCAGACCUCCAAGUCCCAUGAGCCCUAUCUGAAAAGCUGGUCCCAGGACCUUGGUGUCCCCAUCUUGUCAGUGGACUAUUCUCUGGCCCCUGAGGCCCCAUUCCCAAGGGCCCUGGAGGAGUGUUUCUAUGCCUACUGCUGGGCUCUGAGAAACCACCACCUACUAGGCUGGACUGGAGAGAAAGUGUGUCUGGCUGGUGACAGUGCGGGAGGCAACUUGUCUGUGACGACAUCAAUGCGCGCUGCUGCCUUUGGUGUGCGAAUGCCAGAUGGCAUCGUGGCAGUCUACCCGGCUACCCUGCUGACCGCCUACGCAUCUCCCUCCCGUCUGCUAACACUUAUGGAUCCCCUGCUGCCGCUCAGUGUGCUCACCAGGUGUCUCGGCGCCUACGCUGGUGCUGACCCGCAAACAGAGACACAGAUAGAGAAGGCAAGCACGAUGAGCUUGGUGAGGAGAGACACAGCUCUGCUGCUCAGAGAUUUCCGACAGGGAGCCUCCAACUGGAUCCACGCUCUGCUGGAUUCCAACAGAGCCCCAGCCUCCCCCAGUACAGCUGCAGAGGUGCCACCAGGAGCCACUGACACAGUGAGGGCGAGUAUUUCAGAGGCGUCCAUCUCUUCUCGUCACGCAGAUCCCCCGGUCGCCUCCGGGAACUCAGAGUUCCCCUCCAGGAAACUAUCUGUUAAGAGCCAGACUUACCAGGACUUGGGAUCCCACAACAAUUCCACUUCUUGCAGUGCACCAUUGCUCAAUGAGCACACUCCAGAAGAUGUGAAUUUCUUCCUCUCCAAGGAUGCAGAUUCCGCCGUGUCCAGCGACCUCUUUUCAGUGGCCUUACCACCCCCUGUUGUAGAGGAGGGAUUAGAGCUGGAGCACCCUGUGGAGUUCCCCAGAGGAUUUGAGCCACUGCGCUCAGAGAAGCCAUCUAAGAUGAGUUUGCACAGCUCUCCAGUGUUCAAGGAUCCGUACUGCUCUCCUCUGCUGGCUCCUGAUAGCAUGCUGAAAGGGCUGCCACCUGUACACAUAGUGGCGUGUGCAUUAGACCCCAUGCUGGAUGACUCUGUGAUGUUUGCCAAGCGUUUGAGGAACAUAAACCAGCCUGUCACUCUAUGCGUGGUGGACGACCUCCCCCAUGGCUUCCUCAGCCUAUCGCAGCUCUGCAGUGACACAAAAGAGGCAGCCAACGUCUGCGUGGAGAGAAUUCGCGCCGUCUUCACCCAGAAGGACACACCACCAGAGCCACGCAAGCACCGCAAGCUGGAAAGGACCGAUAGGGGUGUAUCGGCCUCUCCUGGGGAAGAAGGUUCUCUCUUCGUAGGCCCCAUUGAGAGAGAGGAGCUAGCUGUCAAAAGAGGGACUAAAGUUGCUGAUGGGGAGGGCUUAGUUGCUGUGGCAGCCCAGAACAACACUGACACUGUUGGUCUUGGGCCUUAAAUAAGGUUAGAUAAAAAAGCAGUUUACCCGAGGAGUGAAAGGACAAAUAGUAAAUGAAAGUCAGACAAAUGUAGGCAGUGCAAUGCCUAAAAGGGAGAGAGAAAGCAUCCU